CUUUAAUUAUCAUUAGAAGAAAUUUGUAUACUAUACAAAUUAAUGAAAUUGAAGAUAAGUUUUAAAUUUUCAAAAAUAAAUUACGAUUUUUGAUAUAAAAAAUAAAUACAUUAGGGUUUUGAUGCCAGAGAAAUGACAACUUACUCAUGGGGCAUGUACGUAGUAAUUCAUUUAUUUACCUUGUGUUAUAUUAACAAUAUUUUCUGUAAAAGUAUAAAAAACGCAUUCGUUGACACUGAGAGUUCUACGACUGAGGUAUGCGUCUCUCAAGAAUGUAAUGUGCUUGCUAAUACUAUUAAGGGGGCUUUAAAUGAAACCGAAGAACCUUGUAACGAUUUUUAUAACUUUGCGUGCGGCGGUUGGAAAGAAGCGCAUAAAAUUCCAUCAAGUGAAAAUGAAAUUACUUCAUUUACUGUUCUCACUAAAGAAAUAGAAGAUCAACUCCAUAGGUUAUUAGAGGAAGAACCUAAACCGAAUGAAAACGAAGCAUUAACAAAAGCUCGUUCGUUUUACAAAUCCUGCAUGGACAAUGAUACUUUGGAAUCUUUAGGAGCCAAGCCCGCUUUAGAUUUUAUUUCUUAUAUUGGCGGUUGGUCGCUUUGUAACAAUGAUGAAUGGAAAAAAAGUUCGAAAAAAUGGAGUGUUUAUGACGUUAUGAUAAAAACACAACGAAACUUUUAUCCCGCACCAGCUUUUUUUACAGUUGAAGUAACUAACGACCACAUGAAUUCAACAAAGCAUUUGAUAAAGAUUGAUCAAUCUGGGUUGAGCCUUCAAAGAGAAAUAUAUUUCAAUCAUAGUAAUAUUUUAGUUGAUUAUGGUGACUAUAUGGUAAAAGUUGCAAAAUUAUUGGGAUAUACUUGCAAUGAAAAAGAUCCAGAAAAUAAUGUCACAGCUCAAAUGCUCUCAAUCUUGGAAUUUGAAAAAAAAAUGGCCAAGUUAUUUACUGCUGCUGAAGCAAAACAAGCUGGAACAUUCAGAAGGAUUAAUUUGAAAAUUCUUGAGCAAGUUGUGCAACAUUUUCCAUGGAAGAAGCACUUAAGAAAGAUUUUUCCAGAUAGUUACAAGAUUAACGAAAAAGAAGUUAUUUUGGCAACUUCACCAGUAUAUCUUCAUAAUAUGGCAGAUUUAAUUAAAAAAACAGACAAAAGAUUAUUGUCAAGAUAUGUUGUAUGGCAAAUGCUGCGAGACAAAAUAAGUUUUUUAUCAAAAGAUUUCCGUAACGCGCGUGCUGAAUUUAAUCAUAAAAUGACUGGAAUUCAAGAUAACGAACCACGUUGGAGAAUUUGUACAACUGUUACAAAUGAUAAUAUGGGAGUUCCAAUUGGUACUUUAUAUGUUGAUAAAUAUUUUAAAGAAAGCACAAAAGCAAAGACUAAAGCUAUUAUUGAAGAAAUAAAAAAAUCCUUUAAAAUAAGGAUUAAAGACCACGAUUGGAUUGAUAACAAUACAAGAAAAUAUGCUUAUGAGAAGGUUGAUGCACUUGUUGCAAAAGUAGGUUAUGCUUCUUACAUAAAAGAACCUAAAGAAUUAAAGAAAAGAUUUCACAGAUUAAGUGUUGAUGACGAUCAAUUUUUUGCUAACAAUUUGAAUGUUGACAAGUGGAUUCGCUACAGGUUGUUUAAUAAACUAAGAAAGCCUGUUGAUAAAACAAAAUGGCCCAUGUUUCCUCAAACAAUCAAUGCAAUGUACCAGUUUUAUGAAAAUGAAAUAGUCAUUCCUGCUGGUAUUUUACAGCCUCCAUUUUUUUACACAGGAGAUGUGCCGAGAUCCCUAAGUUAUGGUGCCAUUGGUUCAAUUAUUGGUCAUGAACUCACACAUGGAUUUGACAAUACUGGUAGAAAAUUUGAUAAAAAUGGUGAUAUAGUAAAAGACUGGUGGUCUAAAACCAGCUUAGAAGAGUUUAUGAAGCGAUCUAAAUGUUUUGAGGAUCAAUACAGUAAAUAUAAAAUACAAGAUAAACAUCCGGUUAGUGGCAAAUUAACACUUGGUGAAAACAUAGCAGACAAUGGUGGAACGCAAAUAUCGUUUGUGGCAUACAAACAAUUUUUAAUGAAUAAUAAUGACACUAUAUUGCCUAAUAUGGAAUAUACAAAGGAACAAUUAUUUUUCAUUGGCUACGCACAGGAAUACUGCGCAAACAUUCGACCAAAAACUGAGAUUAUUGCCACAUUAAGUGAAAACCAUUCACCUUCAAAAUUUAGGGUAAUUGGAACCUUAUCUAAUUCAGAAGAAUUUGCGAAAGCUUUUCGAUGUCGAGAAAAAUCAAAAGAAAUAAAUAACGGAAAACGAUUUAACAUGGAUCCUGAGAAUAAAUGUGUAGUCUGGUAAAAAAUUACGCUAAAAAUUACGCUAAAAAUUACGCUAAAAAAUUACGCUAGCAUUUAAAGAUUGUAAAUAUUUGAAUAAAUAUAAUUUUCUAAUCAUCA